AUGGAAUAGAUAAAAAAUAUGAAGGUAUUAGAAUAAUUAGGAAAUAAUUGUUAUAGAAUAUUAAUCUAAAAUUAAUAAGCUUAAUUGGAUGUUAUAUCAAAAAGAAUGGUUUUAGCUAACAAAUCCUAUUUAUAACUUAGAAAAUGGAUAGAAAUUUAAUAUCAUAUUAAUCAUCCUAAUGUUUAGAAAUUAUACUUCUAUUGUCAUGAUUAAGAAUAUGUAUAUGUUAUAAGAGAAUAUAUGCCUAAAGGUUCUUUAUUGAAUUGGAUUAAGUAUGGAGAUAUUGAUGAAGAACUUUUGAACUCAAUUGCUAACUAAUUAUUUAGUGUGUAAUAAUAUUUAAAUGAAAAUCAAUUAUAUUUAGAUUUGUAAAUUAAUAAUAUCUUUUUUGAUGAAAAUAAUAGAAUUAAAAUAUCAAAUCUUGAAGAUAUAGAACAUAAGAGUAAGAAAAUAAAUAACAUUUAAUAAAUUGGUUUAAUAUUAUAUGAAUGUAUCUUUAAAAGAAAGUGUAGAUUUGAUUAUGUGAUGCAAAAUGAUUAAGUAAUUAGAUAACCAAGAGUUCUAAUAACAUAAGAAAUUAAAGAUAGUGUUCUAAAACUGUUAUAAGAAUAUAUUAAAUGA